CGCGGUGCAUUUCAGCCAAUCAGAGCUUUGUUUUCGCGCUCGUAUGCAAAGCCUCAGAUACAUGGCGAACGGAAGGGCAAACUGUAAACAAAUACAACAGAACUGGACAGUUUUAGACGGAUUGUGACUUUUAAGAGAAACGUAACUCUAUAUUACGAAUGCUGUGUGUAAAUACAAACGGAAAUAUUCGAUAUGCGACAAUCAGCGAGAAUUUAAACUAGCCUCAUUCAGCGUUAGGAAGCUACCUAGGCCUGCUGACAUUUGCGCAGACUUGGAAUUUGGUAGUGCUGUAAUGCGAACGCGGGCUCUGGAUAGAGACCCGCACAGUUAACUCAAUUAGCAUUUAAAAUUUGUUUUAAAAUCGUCUGACAAAGUUACAACUAGGCAGCAGCAUGAGUACAAACUCGAACAGCGGUCAGCCGUCCGAAACUAACCAGAGGAAAAGAAGUGCAAGUCCAAGUGUUGAGUCUGACUCCACGCUGCCCAAGCAGGCAUCAUCACAAGUAAGUGAUGAGGAACCAAGGAAUGACUCUCGUGAAGAUGCAGAACCUGAGAAAGUUGGCAAUGAUGAGCCAAAACACGGAUCUGAGCAUCCUGAAGACGCUAAAGAGAAGGACACGGUGAUUCUGAAUGAAGCAGAUGCGCAGGAGAGCACAGGACAGGCUUGUGGAGGUGAGAGCGAGCGCCAGCCGUCAGAUUCCGCUGCCAUCGCCGCAGCAGAAGCGCUUGCCAGUCUGACCGGUGGAGACGCGGACGAAGACCGUAAAGAAAUGCCCCGUUCGUCUAAAAAAGCGAGCCGAGAGAAAUCAAGGGAUAAGUCUAAUCGUCCCAGUUGCUCUCAGAGCGAGAGAAGGACGGAGGCAGCCGCGGCUGACAGCUCCUCAUCCCUGCUGCUCUGCGAGGACCGAGAAGAUCCAGAGCAGGCUUCGUUCGUGGAUGAUGAGGAGGAGGAUGACGACUCUCUUCCUGGCUCUUCCUCCACGGCUAGCUCGUCUGUCGCCUCUGAUAAUGAUGAUAACGAGGACGGAGAGUGUGCCAUAGUGUCGGUGAAGAUGGCCCCGGAGGUGCGGCAGUCCGUGGCGCUGCUCGCACAGGUGCAGAUGCGGCUGGACGCGCUGGAGAAGAAAGGCGCGCGUCUGCAUCAAACGGCAAUGGAACUACCACGUUCAAGGCCCAGAAAGAAAGCCAAUCAGCUUCUGAAUCACCCACUUCUAUCAGCGCAAAUUGACGAGACUGAUGAAGAUGCUCUAAGCUACAUGACUAACUUAGAGAUUGAGUCUUUCAAGAACAACAAACUUGGUUACCGCAUCUGCUUCCAUUUCCGGCGAAAUCCCUUUUUUCAAAACAAAAUGAUAGUGAAGGAGCUUCAUCUUGGUAUGGGAGGGUCACCGGUGUCGUUCUCAAACCCGAUUUUGUGGCACAGGGGGCAGAAUCUGGUCGGUAGUGGAGAACCACGUCGAACAUCACAGGGAGUCUACCAGAGCUUCUUCCAUUGGUUCAGUGACCACAGCAACCCAGGAAGGGAUGACAUCGCGCAGAUCCUGAAAGAUGACCUGUACAGAAACCCUUUGAGGUACUAUCUGACUCCACUCUGGGAGCCACGAGAGAAUGGCAGCAGAGGUCCCAAACCUCAGGGCAACAAUAAUGGAGACGAGUGUGUGAUCAUCUCAGAUUCAGAUGAAGAUGAGGAGAAGAGCCAAAACUUGGGGCAAGAGGAUGAAGAUGAUGACCAAGUCGGAGGCUCAGAAGAGAAUGACAGAGAUGAGGGGGAGUCCUCCUAUGAGGAGAGAGAUGAAGAGGAAGUGGAUGUUGAGGAAGUAGACGAGUCACGUGACUCUAGUGGCUGUGAGGUCAGAGAGCAAGGACAGGAAGAGGAAGAUAUUGAUGUAGAUGAAGAGAAGAGUUAGGACACGGGGUUGUCUCUGUUUCUUUUUACGCAGAAUAGCAUCAUUCGAAUUUUCUAUGAUCUGUUUUACUGAUAUAAUUUCCUGCAUAAAUUAAGAGUCUGUUUCAAAUAACAAGUGGUUAAUGAUGCUUAAUGAUCAGGGUUUAAAUAUGUCUUCAUUGUAGAUGGUACUUUCAAUACAUCAAAGAUGAUGAAUAUUCAAAUCCAAUGUGUGCACUCCUCCGAAAACAUGUUUUCCUUAAGAUGUCUUCACAUUUUACACUUAUAACUUUGCAUUAACAGAUUUCAGAGGGCUACUGAUACCAGUAAGACACCUCUUUUAUCUCACAACGGACUGUUUAAAGCUUGGGAUUAUAGACUGCACUUAGUUUAGUUUAGUUUUUGUAUGACCGUAUACAGUAGCAUUGUCUGUCACUCGCAAUCAUGACCAUUUAUAAACACACCAUACUUUCCUGUUUGGAUGUUUUACAGACCUAAUCAUGUUUUUCAGUCAUUGCUG